AUGGCUACUGUUUGUUUCUUGGGAAGGGAUCUUACCACCGAAGAAUGGGAAUCUUUUGAGUUCCGAUUCGGGUUUGUCCCCGAACACGGAGUGCAAAUCCCCAUACCUGAUGCAUCACUUUACAAUCCUCCGGAGGGAAAAGGUGGCAUUCCAGUCGCCUUGUUUGAGGCGGUUCUGCAUUUUCCUACUACAAAUUUCUUCAACCUGAUUAUCCACGAAUACGGGUUUACCAUCAAUGGUGAAGAUUGGUUUGACUGCUUCUUGGCCACCGACGGAAUGAGCACCGCUUGGAGGGCUCACGAGAAGAUGCCCGAGUUUUUCGUAGAGAAAGAGGGUAGUGUGCUUCUAAGACUGUUUUAUCUUGCCCCCUUCCCGCCUUUUAACCGCCAAAGCACGCUUAAAUUGGCAUUUUGGUGA